AUGGAAGAAUUGCUCUGUGAUGCAGCAAUGAGAGGGGAUCUAGCAUUACUAUACGAUAUAAUUGCAAGAGAUGUUUACAUUCUCGAUAGAGUUUUGGUGGGAAGUUUGAAAGGGAAGAAUCCUCUUCACGUGGCUAUAUCAACUGGGAAAACAGAGUUUGUUCUACAACUUCUGAAAAUUAAACCAGACCUAGCUGGAGUUUUAGACAUGGAACUAGGGGCAGCCCUUCACGUAGCAUCCGCUAAGGGGCACAUAGAGAUUGUGAAAGCUUUAGUGAAGGUUAGCCCAGAGAUGAGCCUAGCUCGUGAUCGAGAUGGUAAUAACCCUCUUCACAUUGCUGCAAUUAAAGGUCAGGAUCAAGUCUUACAAGAGUUGGUUCGAACUAGCCCCCACAGAGCUCAAGUUAAGGUGGAUCGAGGCGACACCAUCUUGCACUUAUGUGUAAAGUAUGAUCAAUUGGAAUGCCUGCAACUACUACUAGACAUGAUUCCAUAUCCAGAUUUUGUCAAUGAUGUUGAUGCCGGUGGCAACAAUAUAUUGCAUCUAGCUGUUUUAGAAAAACGAUCGGAGAUACUUUCCUUCAUAUCCUUGAAAGUUAGGGUGAAAAUGGUGAAUAAAGAAAGAAAUCCAUCAGAUACGGAGAUUCAAGACAUCUUGAUCGAAGCCGGGGCCAAAAGGCGCGAACCGGCUUCAGUGGUAGAGAUUGAGCGGCUUGAGCCUUCGUGGCAGACGAAGAGAAGGAAUACACUCAUGAUUGUAGCUUCACUGAUUGCAACAAUGGCAUUCCAAGUUGGGGUGAACCCGCUGGGUGGUGUUUGGCUAGACAAUUUAGAAGGACCCGGAGGGCACGUAGCUGGGAAAGCCAUAACUGCUUACAACAGCCCUUAUCAGUACAGGGGCUUUAUGUAUUUAAACACGGUGGGAUUCCUUGUGUCUCUAAGCACAAUCGUGAUGCUCAUUUUUGCCUUGCCGGAGCCAAAAAAGGCUUUGAGGUUGGCUCGAGCUGCGAUAUCGUGGUUUACAAUCAUCACAACGGCUUGCACUUACACUUUUUCCGUCCUUGCGAUUUCACCGGCGGAUGACUAUCAAGUGAACCAUGCCCUUAAAAUCAUUACCAUCCUAUGGGCCGCUGCAUCACUUCUCUUUCAACCGGGCUCCAUUCGAUUGAUGGGAUUCACUCAAGAAGUCCAAAACCUAAUGAAGAGAAUAAGGCUAUAUUUAUAG